GGCGGGGCCCGGAAGUCGUCUGUGAAAGCGGCCGGCCGUGGUGGCUUCUCCUCAGAGUAGCCUUUGAGGCGGACUGGCCGAACUGAGACUUCAUUUGCGAACCACUACCAGUUUGCUGAAUAGGUAUUUUAAGAAGAGUGACUGGAGGCUGUGGCCACAGUGGCUCUUGGCCGGGUAAAUUAACCGCGUGGCGCAGAAGCGGCUGUUGUGACGGCUGAUUGAAGCCGCAGGCUGAGAGGACUCUGGGCACUCUAGUGGACCGAGCGAGGCCCUCACAGGUCCUUGACCCGAGUGUCUUUUCCCACGCGGUCCUGGAUCCAUGGAGACAAGAGAGGCGUUUAUAACUGAGGUUUGAAGAAGCCAGCCCAGGCAGCAGAAAUCUACCUUGAGAUGAAAUAACUUCCAACUGGCCCUGUGGCAGAAUUUCAAGCCAGUCACUGCACUGACUCUGGGGCCAUUACGUUGCUUGAUCCCUCUGCCUGGGGAGAGCAGGACUGGGAGAAGAUUUUGGCUUCAGAGAACAGGGGAGAUAUGGAGACCAUGAAGAAAUUGACUCAAGCACAUAAGGCAAAAGGUUUGUCUUCUAAGGAUAUUGACUGGCCCCAAGAAAAGAGGAAGCCCAAAAUAGUGGAACCGGUUACAUUUGAGGACGUCACCGUGGUCUUCACGGAGGCAGAAUGGAAGGGACUGAGCUCUGAGCAGAAGAACCUGUACAAAGAGGUGAUGGCGGAGAUUUACAGGAAUCUGCUCUCAUUGGCAGAACCGCAGCCAAAAAUCUACCCCUGCUCCUCCUGCCUUCUGGCUGUCUCCUGUCAGCAGUUCCUCAGCCAACAGAUCUUCCCAGGUUUAUGUGCAGAAAAUCACUUCCAUCCAGAGGCUUCCAGCCCAGGGCAUCAGAAGCAGCCGGAGCAGCAGGAUUCUGAUCAAAGGUGCUGGAGUGAAAACACAGAAGGUCAAGUGAGAGAAGAAGUCUCCAAACCCUUGUGUGGGAGGACAGGGGAGAGAGAGACUUCAAAGGCAUCCUCCAGCCCACCCCAAGGACAGCCCGCAAGCCCUAGAGAAGGCAACACAGUGGUAGGAACACAGCCCGACUCAGCCCAGAGGGUAAACUCUGUGGAAACAGACGACAGGUUGAAGGAAUUAGAAACCUCAGGAUUUGGAGCAGUCAGCUACAGAGAGGACAAACCAGACUGUGGCCCAAAAUCAAAGUUCAUCACAAACCACAGGUCCCUUUUACGGAAGAAACCAUAUGUUUGUAGUGAGUGUGGGCAAGGCUUUUGCCACAAAUCAAAUCUCAUCAGACACCAGAGGACACACUCAGGUGAGAAACCGUACAUGUGCCUGGAGUGUGGAAGAGGCUUUAGCCAGAAGUCAGACCUCAUCAGACAUCAGAGGACACACUCAGAUGAGAAGCCUUAUGUUUGCAGUGAGUGUGGCCGAGGCUUUAACCAGAAAUCACUUCUCCUUAUGCACCAGCGGACACACUCAGGGGAGAAGCCAUAUGAGAACCUGGAGUGUGAGCGAGGCUUUAGCCAGAAGUCAGGCCUCAUCAGACAUCAGAGGACACCCUCAGAUAUGAAGCCUUAUGUUUGCAGUGAGUGUGGCCGAAACUUUAACCGAAAAUCACGUCUCCUUAUACACCAGAGGACACACUCAGGUGAGAAGCCUUAUGUUUGCAGUGAGUGUGGGCGAGGCUUUACCCAGAAAUCAGUCCUGCUCAUGCACCAGAGGACACACUCAGGGGAGAAGCCAUAUGUGUGCAAGGAGUGCGGGCGAGGCUUUAACCGCAAAUCAAAUCUCAUCAGACACCAGAGGACACACUCAGGUGAGAAACCGUACAUGUGCCUGGAGUGUGGGCGAGGCUUUAGCCAGAAGUCAGGCCUCCUUCUCCACCAGGGGACACAUUCAGGGGAGAAGCCACAUGUGUGCAAGGAGUGUGGGCGAGGCUUUAGCUAUAAACAAAGCCUCAUGAGACAUCAGUGGACUCACUCAGGGGAGAAGCCCUAUGUUUGCAGUGAGUGUGGCCGAGGCUUUAGAGACAAGUCAUCCUUCAUCGUACACCAGAGGACACACUCGGGGGAAAAGCCUUACGUGCGCCUGGAGUGUAGGCAAGGUUUUAGCCAGAAGUCAGACCUCAUCAGACAUCAGAAGACGCACACAGAUGAGAAGCCUUACGUUUGCAAUGAGUGUGGCAGAGGCUUUUUUCGGAAAUCAGUCCUUUUUAUGCACCAGAGGAUACACUCAGGGGAGAAGCCACAUGUGUGUAAGGAAUGUGGGCGAGGCUUUAGCUAUAAGCAGAGCCUCAUUAGGCAUCAGUGGGCUCACUCAGGAGUGAAGCCCUAUGUUUGCAGUGAGUGUGGUCGAGGCUUUAGCCAGAAGUCAGACCUCCUCAGACAUCAGAGGACACGCUCAGAUGAGAAGCCUUAUGUUUGCAGUGAGUGUGGGCAAGGCUUUAACCGGGAAUCAAGCCUCCUCAUACACCAGAGGAUACACUCAGGGGACAAGCUGUAUGUGUGUAAGGAGUGUGGGCGAGGCUUCAACCGCAAGUCAAAUCUCAUCAGACACCAGAAGACACACUCAGUGUCCAGCUUUCCCAUGCGUACGCAGAAGCAAUUUUCUGGCUAUGAAGCAAGAAGCAUGAAAAAGAAAAGCCAACAGCUGAGGACAGUGGAGCGGAAAGCUUGAAAGAACUAGGUUCUUGAUGGCAUUGCUAGGCCCUCUUGUUGCAGGAGCCUGGAGACUCCUAAUCCUGGACAUUUGUUAAGUAUACAAAAAGGUCUUAAUGUUUUAAGCCAUUGGGGUCAGAAAUUCUGCUACCUGCAGCAAAAGCAUUUUUGACUGUUGCAGAGGGAAAGAGACACAUGCUGAAGUAAUUGUUAUCUAAGGAAACUGGUAGGAUAUGCUAUACGGGGAGAGGGGGAUGCAGUAGUGUUCCUCAAACUUUUGUGUCUAUCAGGAUCCACUGGGGAGUGCUUGUUAAAAUGAAGAUUCUUAACAACCCACUCCCAAACUCGCUGGCUCCGAAUCGCUGGAAUAUGCAUUUUUAUGGCAUCUGGGUGCGUCUGAUGCAGGUGGUCAAUGAGCACUUGUGGGGAAUGCUGCCAACAGAGGCACCUGGUUUAGGGGAGCACGGGGACAGGCAGACCCAAGUUGACACCAUUUUCUUACUCUUCCUCUCUGCCAAUUUCUCAUCUGUAAAAUUUAAUAUGAUAAUGAAUGUCAAGUACCUAACAAGGCCUGAACACAGUAACUAUAUAUUUACUGUGUUAAUCUGCCCAGGGAUCCUGCCUUAAAGGUGCUCGAAAUCCUCUGCAUAUUAACUGAGCUUAUGACUUUGGGGAAAUUAAACUCUGUGCCUCCGUUUCUGGUUUGUACAAUGAGGAUCACAAUGGUGCCUCCCUCACAGAGUUGUGAUGAUUACUAAGUUAAUACAUGUUGAGCACUUAGAACAGUGUCUGGCAUAGAGUAAGUGCUCAGUAAAGGUCAGCCAUAAUUAUUAUUGCCAGGACCAGGCAUUAGCCAAAGCAUCAUCUUAGCCAGAGAAGUCUCCUGCCCCACACAGUGCCAGAGUUUGAGAAUACCAGGGACGAUGAAAUUUAUUCUUCUAGAGGUACUUGAGUUCUUGAAAGAAGUGAGAUUUAAUUUCCCCUUUGGUCAGUAGUCUAAUCGUUGUGAGGCUAGGGAGACACAUAGGCCAAGGCUCAGCUCAGGUCACUGAGGGUUUUCGUAAAGCAGGGCAGAGGAAUCACAGGGAUAGACACAGAUGGCUGUGGCCUGGAUGCUAACGAAACACCCAGAGAUGCCAAGGACUGUGGUCAGCCUGCUGCAAUCUCAAAGAUAACCAGCAGAGGGAGCAUUAGCCUACAUCAGCCUCUAAUUAACAACUAAUGAAUUUCAGGCUCAGGAAACCCUGGAGUCCUGGACCCCAAAGCCCAUGCCACACCCCAGAAUUAAGUUAGAAUUUCUGGGGGUGAGGCUCAGUCAUCAGAAUUUUUAGAGCUCCCAGGUGAUUCCUAUGUGCAAUCAAGAUUGAGAACCAGCUUCUUAGAAGGUGCACCGAAAGCAGCUGGGAAGCCUGUUUAAAAUGCAGAUCGUAACAGUCUCUUCAACAAAUGGUGCUGGCAAAAUUGGAUUUCCAUAAAAAUGAAAUGAAAUCCAUUCCUCAUGCCAUACACAAAAACUAAUUCAAAAGGGAUCAAGUACCUAAAUAUUAAAUCUAAAACCAUUAAAUGUCUUAGAAGAAAAUAUAAAGGCAAAGCUUUAGGACCUAAUUCUUUUCAAUGAUAGAUUAUCAAGCACAACAACAAAUGCACGAGCAACAGAAAACUAAAUAACUGGAACUUUAUAAAAAUUAAAUACUUAUGUUCAUUGAAAGAUGUUACCAAAAGAAGAGACAACCUACAGAACUGGGAAAAAAUCUUUGGGAAUGAUAUAACUGAUAAGGGUCUAAUAUCUAAAAUAUAUAGAAGAUUUCUACAACUUAACAAAAAGAUAACCCAAUCAAAAACUGGGGAAAGGACAUAAUAGACAUUUCACCAGAGAGGAUGUUUAAACGGCCAACAGACACAUGAAAAGAUGCUCAAGGUCAUUAGCUGUCAGAGAAAUGAAAAUCAAAACCACAAUGAGAAGUCAUUUCACUCACACCAGGAUGGCUAAUUUGGUGAAGAAUAUUGAAUAUACCAUGGACUGCCAGAAGAACGAACAAAUCUGUCUUGGAAUACAGCCAGAAUGCUCCUUGGAAGCAAAGAUGGCAAGACUUCAUCUCACACACUUUGAACAUGUUAUCAGGAGGGAACAGUCCCUAGAGAAGGGCAUCAUGCUUGGUGUCUUAGUCAUCUAGUCCUGCUGUAACAGAAAUACCACAGGUGGAUGGCUUUAACAAAGAGAAUUUUAUUCUCUCACAGCUCAGUAGGCUAAAAGUCUUAAAUCAGGGCACCGGCUCCAGGGGAAGGCUUUCUUUCUCUGUCAGUUCUGGAGGAAGGUCCUUGUCAUCAGUCAUCCCUUGGUCUGGGCGCAUCUCAGCACAGGAACCUCAGGUCUGAAGGACAUGCUCUGCUCCCAGCGUUGCUUUUUUGGUGGUAUGAGCUUCCCAUGUCGCUCUGCUUGCUUCUCUUUUAUAUCUCAAAGGAGAUUGGCUUAAGACACUAUCUAAUCUUGUAGAUCUCAUCAAUAUAACUGCCACUAAUCCAUCUUAUUACAUCAUAGUGAUAGGAUUUAGAACACAUAGGAAAAUCACAUCAGAUGCAAAAUGGUAGACAAUCACACAAUACUGGGAGUCAUGACCUAGCCAAGUUGACAGAUAUUUUGGGGAACACAAUCCAUGACACUUGGUAAAGCAGAGAAUUGGUGGAAAAAGGAAGAUCUUUAGUGAGAUGAAUUGACACAGUGGCUGUAACAAUGGGCUCAAGUGUAACAACGAUCGUGAGGAUGACGCAGGACUGGACAGUGUUUCAUGCUAUUAUAUGUAGGGUCACUAUGAGUUGAAGCCAACUCGGUGUCACUUAAUGACAACAACAGGAUGGCUAAGAUUUUUUUUAAAAAUGGAAAAUCACAAGUAUUGGCAGGGAUGUGGAAAAAUUGGAACCCUCAUCCAUUCCUGAUGGAAAAGCAAAAUGGUACAGCUGUUGUGGAAAACAGUCUGGCAAUUCCUCAAAUAACUAAAGAUGAUAACAUGUCCAAAAUAUGUGUGACGAAGUCUUGCCAUCCUUGCUUCCAAGAAGCAGUCUGGCUGUACUGCAAGACAGAUUUGUUUGUUCUUCUGGCAGUCCAUGGUAUAUUCAAUACUCUUCACAGGACCCAGCAAUUCCACUCCUAGGAAUGUACUCUAGGGAUCCAGUAGAAAUGACACAACAGACAUGCACACCUAUGUUCAUCGCAGUACUAUUCGCAAUAGCAAAAAGUGGAAACAACCUAAGUGCCCAUCCACAGGUGAGUGGAGAAGUAAAAUGUGGUAAUACAUACAAUGGAGUACUACUCAGUGAUAAAUGAGUUCCCAAAACAUCUGACAAUGUGGAUGAACUGCAUAAUAUAGUUCAUGAAGUUUAUGUUCUAUAUCCUAGUUUGAUAAGUAGUGUCUGGGGCCUUAAAAUCUUGCAAGCGGCCAUCUAAGGUACAACUAUUGGUCUCUACUCAUCCAGAUCAAAAGAGAAAGAAGGAAUCCAAAGACUCAAAGAAGAAACUUACCUACAGGGACUAAAAGUCUACACGAACCACGGCCUCAUCUACCCAGAGAUCAGAAGAACUAGUUGGUGCCCAGCUGUCAUUACCAACUGGUCUGAUCAGGGCCACAAUAGAUGGACCCUGAUAGAAAGGGAGAAAAAUGUGGAACAGAACAUCAAAUUCUUCAAAAAUCAAGACUUACUGAACUGGUUGAGACUGGAGGACUCCUCAAGACUAUUGCCCUGAUAUAUUCUUUAAACCUUGAACCGAAACUAGCUCUUGAGGUCACCUCUUAGUUAAAUAACAGAUUGGCUAGCAAAAUAAGGAGUAUCACCCGUGAGUACUCCUCUCCUUUCAAAAAUAAUCUAUAUGAGACCAAAAGGUCAAUAAUUACUUUAAAACAAAGGUAAGAAGGUAAGGGAGCAGGGAAACUAGAUUAACAGAAACAAAACGACCAGAACAGAAAUAUUGAGAAUGUGCACACAUUGUGAAGAAUGUAACAAAUGUCACUGAACAAUUUGGAUAGAAAUUGUUGAAUGAAAACCUAAACUGCCAUGUAAACCUUCACCAAAAACACAGUAAAAUAUUAUUUUUAAAAAAUGGGAGGUCUCAAUCCAGCAAACGGAAGGAGAGUGGGAGGAAAAAGAAGAAAUAGAUAUGUAUCAGACACUUCAAAUUCACUUGGCCUCACCUUUCUCUUUGAGGAACAAGCUCUGACACCUGACAGCACCUCCCCUUGUGCCUGCACCUCAUACUCUUGCUUCCUGCCCAUGACUUUCCUCCUGAAAUUAAGGACCCAGCUCAGCACCCUCACAUGCACAACUGGGAAGUGCAGGGGACUGAAUGCCCUGUCUGGUGAUCUUUUCAUCAAUAGAAGAGAGGAGCCAAUAGAUGAAUUCUUCCACCUUUCUCCUACUAGAUGGAUGAUGCUGAAACACAGUUUAUAUGGCUGUUGGGGGCAAUCUGUUGCACUUAGCAGUGGCCAGCUCAAUAUCACACCCCAGUAUCAGCUCUCCCCCUGGGAAGGCCCACAUGUGUUUGCCUCCUACUUUGCUUUCUCGGACCCAGAUUAAUAUAAAAUGAAACAAAAUCAGUUAACUGCUGAACAUGGCUUGAUAGGUACAUGGAACUUUAUUAUCCUAUUCUCUCUACUUUUUGUGUGUGUUUGAAAUUUUCCCUAAUAAGUAAAAUAUAAAUGCAUAAAAAUGCAUGUUCUGGAGGUGGGAUUUUAGAAAUGGUGAAUGAGGACCUCCAUAAAAGCAAAAAUGGUCACAACCAACUUUUUCAUAACUCUUGAAAUUAACCAAAAGCCUGAAGCAAUCUGGGGAGCAUUCAUUCAAGAAAAACUGCUGAAUCUCAAUAAGAAUGAUAGGCGUGUGUGGCUUUGUAACUUGACCUACUCCCAUUCCCUUUUCCCCCAUUUUGUGGUAGCCUUAAAAUCCAAGAGCCUCACAAUCAAGGCAUCUGUAAAAUUAGCAGCCUUGCAGCAGUAAAGAGGACAGACCAAGUUAGGAGCUACUCAAAAGGUUCCAUGCCCAGAGCAUUGUCAUUUUUUUAUCUUACUUGGGGCUUGCUCUGCAGGAAAAGCCCUAUUCCCAGAGUGUUUGUUAAAAACAAUCAGCAGCAAUUGUUUAGCAUUGCAGCUGCCUGGGGCAGCUAUCUGUUUGGAAAGAUAAGAGCCUGGCCAAAAACAUAAAAGGAAGAUCUGGGAACAAAAUGUCCGGGGGGGGCUUUGAAAAGAUCAAACAUAUUCUUGAGUAUCUAUUCUCCCAGGUUCAUGCUCAUGUGCAAGGCUGUGUGCAUGCUCAAGAAAGACCUGAGAGAACCCCAAUUUCUGACUUCUGGCUGACCUUGAGACCCUGUUGCAAGCUGGAAGUAAAGGCUAAAGCAGUGUUGUAAACUGCCGGAGGUGUUCUCUAACACGUACCUUUGGUGCAGAAUAAAAGACUUGCUGCUCAAAGUAUUUAAGGAAAUCGCUGCCCAAUUAAUAGCUGACCACUAAGGUAACUGAAGGAGCCCCUGAGUGCUGCAAACAAUUAACAUAAAAAGGUUGGAGGUUCAAGUCCACUCAGAGGAAGAAAAAGAUCUGAUGAUCUACUUUGGAAAAAUCAGCCACUGAAAACCCUGUGGAGCACAAUUCUACCCUGACACACAUGAGAUCACCAUGACUCUGAGUUAACUGUAAGGCAAAUGUUUUUAAGGUAACUGAGCAGAGUAAGCAACAAUAAAAGCAACAGCAGCACAAAGGAGAGAACUCUGGUUUUCAGAGUUGACACUAUAUUACCUAGAAUAUCCAGUUUUCAACAAACAUUGUGUGACAUAUUUGAAGUGACAAGACUGUCAACCAAUAAUUCUAUAUCCAUAUCCAUCAAAACUAUUAAAAUGAAGACGAAAUUAAGACAUUCUCAGAUAAAAACAGAACUUGUCAGUAGUCACCUUGUCAGACUGAAAUGAAAGGACAUUAGAUAGCAACUCAAAUCCACAUGAAAUAAACAGUGAUAGAAAAGGUAACUACAUAGGUAAAAAUAAAAGACUGUACAAAUGUUAUUGCUUUUUGUAACUCUGAUUUGAUUUAAAAGGCAACCACAUAAAUCAAUAGCUAUGAAACUAUGCUGAUUAGCUUAUAAUGUUGCUGGGUACAGUCGGGUCAGCUCCAAUUCCUAUGACCUUAUGUAUAACAGAAUGUUAUACAUAUGUAUAACAGUCCUGCACAUCCUCACAACUAUUGCUAUGUUUGAGCGCAUUGUUGCAGCCACUGUGUUAAUCCAUCUCACUGAGGGUUUCCUACUUUUUCACUGACCCUCUACCAAACUUGUAUAAAGAUGUAAUUUGUAUGACAAUAUUUUUUAAAUAACUAAACAAACGGGGGCAAUGGAGCUAUAUUAGAGCAAAUUUUCAGUGUAUAAUUAAUAUUCAUGUGAAUCCCCCAUGUGUCUGUCAGUUUGUUGUACUGUGGGGUCUUGCAUGUUGCUGUGAUGCCGGAAGCUAUGCCACUGGUAUUCAGAUACCAGCAGGGUCACCCAUGGAGGACAGGUUUCAGCUGAGCUUCCAGACUAAGAUGGACUAGGAAGAAGGAGCCGGCACUCUACUUGUGAAAAGCUUUAGCCAGUGAAAACCUUAUGAAUAGCAGCAGAACAUUGUCUGAUAUAGUGCUGGAAGAUGAGCUCCCCAGGUUGGAAGGCACGCAAAAGAUGACUGGGGAAGAGCUGCCUCCUCAAAGCAGAGUCGACCUUAAUGACGUGGAUGGAGUAAAGCUUUUGGGACCUUCAUUCGCUGAUGUGGCAUGAUUCAAAAUGAAAGAAACAGCUGCAAACAUCCAUUAAUAAUCGGAACCCGGGAUGUACAAAGUAUGAAUCUAGGAAAAUUGGAAAUUGUCAAAAAUGAAAUGGAAUGCGUAAACAUCAAUAUCCUAGGCAUUAGUGCGCUGAAAUGGACUGGUAUUGGCCAUUUCGAAUUGGACAAUCAUAUAGUCUACUCUGCUGGGAAUAACAACUUGAAGAGGAAUGGUGUUGCAUUCAUUGUCAAAAAGAACAUUUCAAGAUCUAUCCCAAAGUACAAUGCUGUCAGUGAUAGAAUAAUAUCCAUACGCCUACAGGGAAGACCAGUUAAUAUGACUAUUAUUCAAAUUUAUGCACCAACCACUAGGGCCAAAGAUGAAGAAAUAGAAGAUUUUUUAUCAGCUGCUGCAAUCUGAAAUUGAUCCAACAUGCAAUCAAGAUACAUCGAUAAUUACUGGCAAUUGGAAUGUGCAAGUUGGAACAAAGAAGAAGGAUCAGUAGCUGGAAAAUAUGGCCUUGGUGAUAGAAACAAUGCCGGAGAUCAAAUGAUAGAAUUUUGCAAGACCAACAACUUCUUCAUUGCAAAUACCUUCUUUCACCAACAUAAACGGUGACUAUACACAUGGACCUUGCCAGAUGGAACACACAGAAAUCAAAUUGACUACACUACAUCUGUGGAAAGAGAUGAUGGAAAAGCUCAAUAUCAUCAGUCAGAACAAGGCCAGGGACCGACUGAAACAGACCAUCAAUUGCUCAUAAACAAGUUCAAGCUGAAACUGAAGAAAAUCAGAGCAAGUCCACUACAGCCAAAAUAUGACCUUGAGUACAUCCGAACUGAAUUUAGAGACCAUCUGAAGAAUAGAUUUGACACAUUGCACACUAGUGACCGAACACCAGACGAGCUGUGAAAUGACAUCAAGGACAUCAUGCGUGAAGAAAGCAAGAGGUCAUUGAAAAGACAGGAAAGAAAGAAAAGACCAAGAUGGAUGUCAGAGGAGACUCUGAAACUUGCUCUGGAACGUCGAGCAGCUAAAGCAAAAGGAAGAAUUGAUGAAGUAAAAGAACCGAAAGAAGAUUUCAAAGGGCCUCUAGAGAAGACAAAGUGUUAUGACAUGUGCAAAGAGCUGGAGAUGGAAAACCAAAAGAGAAGAACACGCUCGGCGUUUCUCAAGCUGAAGAACACAAGAAAAAAUUAAAGUCUUCAGUUGCAAUAGUGAAGGAUUCUAUGGGGAAAAUAUUAAACGACACAGGAAGCAUCAAAAGAAGAUGGAAGGGGGCGGAGCCAAGAUGGCGGACUAGGCAGGCGCUACCUCGGAUCCCUCUUACAACAAAGACACGGAAAAACAAGUGAAUCGAUCACAUACAUAACAAUCUACGAACCCUGGACAACAAACACAGAUUUAGAGACGGAGAACGAACUAAUACGGGGAAGCAGCGAUUGUUUCCAGAGCCUGGAGCCAGCGUACCAGUCAGGUACGGCACAAGCACAGAGAGCGGCUCCACCCCCUGAACUAACCCCGGGAGGGGGACCAGCCGGUUCCACGGGCGGCGUGGGACGCAGCCGGUAGGAGAGGUCCCCGGGAGGCAGUGACUGGUCUUGGAGCAGAAAGAGCAGCGUCCGAGCCGGGGAACCAUCCCGCAGGGAUUUGGGCUGGACGCAGGUACGGCAUAAACACGGAGAGUUGCUCCACCCCCCUGAACUAUCCCCGGGAAGGGGACCAGCCGGGUCACGCGGGUGGCGUGGGACGCGGCCGGUAGGAGAAGUCCCUGGGAGGCAGCGACUGGUAUUGGAGCGGGGAGAACAGCGUCCCAGCCAGAACACUCGGUCACGGCACAAGCACGGGGACCUGCUCCACCCAUCUGAACUAACCCCGGGAGGAGGCCCAACUGGUUCUCGGGAGCGGCACGGCCACGCGGCUGGAGGGACGAGAAGUCCUCGGGAGGCAGCGACUGAUUUUGGAGUCGAGAGUGCACCGUCCCAGUAGGGGAGCCUUGACGCUGGGCGUGGGGCUGGAAGCGGAGGAUCUGACCGUGACUCCAGCGGGCCAGACCCCCCGGGGGCAAUCUCCACACAGCCAGCACACAUAGGCAACGCGCCCCGCGGGAGUCUCAGAUAUAAUAGUCAUUCCAAGCAAGACAAGCAACUCUGGCUAUAUUCUGAGGUGCUACUCUCCUAUCUCUCUGUUCCCUCCCCCACCCUCCCCAGGCGGCUUCAUUAACAUCUGAAUAGCCUGAGCCAGAGGGAGAACUCUGAUAGGGAUCUGACUGCAUUUUUUUUUUAGCGGAUUUUCUGGAAAAACUAGUUUCCCAGUGAUGGCUCGGAGACAACAAUCCAUAUCAAACCACUUAAAGAAGCAGACCAUGACAGCUUCUCCAACCCCCCAAACAGAAGAAUCAAAAUCUUUCCCAAAUGAAGAUACAAUCUUGGAAUUAUCAGAUACAGAAUAUAAAAAACUAAUUUACAGAAUGCUUAAUGAUAUCACAAAUGAAAUUAGGAUAACUGCAGAAAAAGCCAAGGAACACACUGAUAAAACUGUUGAAGAACUCAAAAAGAUUAUUCAAGAACAUACUGGAAAAAUUAAUAAGUUGCAAGAAUCCAUAGAGAGACAACAUGUAGAAAUCCAAAAGAUUAACAAUAAAAUA